CUUUUUAAAAGACAUGUAGAGAAGGCGCAUGUGUGUUUAUGUGUGUGUGCAUGAAUUUUUUUUCCUUAGCCAUCCCAGAAAGUUUUGCCCCAAAUAUCAGGAAGAGAAGAGAGAGAGAGAGAAGGCAUUAUUGUGAGUAGUGGAUGCUCAUCAUCCACCUGAAAGCUGGACUAUGUCUCCUCUCUGCGCCUUUAUGUUUUAGCCCCCCACAAAUUUUUCCGGCAGGCAGGGGGUGGUCUCCGGGGCCCCUCCCCACUGGGGCUACUAUAUAAGGAGCCGGCGAAGCCCCGGACGUCUUGGUCUGCCCCUGCUGCCAGCAGCGCCGGUUCGGGACUCCAAAAUACCCUUCCAGCUUUGACAGAUUGGACCUCUGUGCCCAUUGAGCCAAAAUGGCACAGAAAGGCCAGCUCAGCGAAGACGAGAAAUUCCUCUUUGUCGACAAGAACCUCAUCAACAGCACGGUGGCCCAGGCCGACUGGUCAGCCAAGAAGCUGGUCUGGGUGCCCUCGGAGAAGCAUGGGUUCGAGGCGGCGAGCGUCAAGGAGGAGAAAGGGGACGAGGUGCUGGUGGAGCUGGCUGAGAACGGGAAGAAAGCCACCUUCGGCAAGGACGACAUCCAGAAGAUGAACCCCCCGAAGUUCUCCAAGGUGGAAGACAUGGCCGAGCUGACCUGCCUCAACGAAGCGUCCGUCCUGCACAACCUCCGGGAGAGAUACUUCUCGGGCCUCAUUUAUACUUACUCAGGUCUCUUCUGCGUGGUUGUCAACCCUUACAAGCAGCUGCCGAUCUACUCGGAGAAAAUCAUUGACAUGUACAAAGGGAAGAAACGCCACGAGAUGCCGCCCCAUAUCUACGCCAUUGCGGACACGGCCUACAGAAGCAUGCUGCAAGAUCGUGAAGACCAGUCCAUCCUUUGCACAGGGGAAUCCGGGGCCGGCAAGACGGAAAACACCAAGAAAGUGAUCCAGUACCUGGCUGUCGUGGCCUCCUCCCAUAAGGGCAAAAAGGACACCAGCAUCACGCAGGGGCCAUCUUUUGCUUACGGUGAGCUAGAGAAGCAACUGCUACAAGCCAAUCCCAUCCUUGAAGCUUUCGGGAAUGCCAAGACUGUGAAGAACGAUAAUUCCUCCCGAUUCGGCAAAUUUAUCCGCAUCAAUUUUGACGUGACAGGCUACAUUGUCGGAGCCAACAUAGAAACCUAUUUGCUGGAGAAGUCCCGUGCAAUUCGACAAGCCCGAGAGGAAAGGACCUUCCACAUCUUCUACUAUUUGCUCGCCGGUGCCAACGAGCAAAUGAAGAAUGAACUGCUGCUGGAAGGUUUCAACAACUAUACGUUUCUUUCCAACGGUUACGUGCCCAUUCCCUCCCAACAAGACGACGAGAUGUUCCAGGAAACUCUGGAAGCCAUGGGCAUUAUGGGCUUCAGCGAGGAAGAGCAAACAGCAAUCCUGAAAGUUGUUUCAUCAGUUCUCCAGCUUGGAAAUAUUGUCUUCAAAAAGGAGAGGAACACUGACCAAGCUUCAAUGCCCGACAACACAGCCGCACAGAAAGUGUGCCACCUCGCGGGCAUUAACGUGACCGAUUUCACCCGGGCGAUCCUCACCCCACGCAUCAAGGUCGGCCGGGACGUCGUCCAGAAAGCUCAGACCAAGGAGCAGGCUGAUUUUGCCGUGGAAGCUUUGGCCAAAGCGACGUACGAGCGCCUGUUCCGCUGGAUCCUGACCCGGGUGAACAAAGCUUUGGACAAGACCAAGCGGCAAGGAGCCUCCUUCCUCGGCAUCCUGGACAUUGCCGGGUUCGAGAUUUUUGAGAUCAACUCCUUUGAGCAGCUGUGCAUCAACUACACCAACGAGAAGCUGCAGCAGCUUUUCAACCACACGAUGUUCAUCCUGGAACAAGAAGAAUACCAGCGGGAAGGCAUCGAGUGGAACUUCAUUGACUUCGGCCUGGACCUCCAGCCUUGUAUUGAGCUGAUCGAAAGACCGAACAACCCCCCUGGCGUCCUGGCUUUACUCGAUGAGGAGUGCUGGUUCCCGAAAGCUACCGACACCUCCUUUGUGGAGAAACUUGGGGCGGAGCAAGGAAACCACCCCAAAUUCCAGAAGCAGAAGCAGCUCAAGGACAAAACAGAGUUCUGCAUCUUGCACUAUGCAGGAAAGGUUAUCUACAAUGCAACGGCCUGGCUCACCAAGAACAUGGAUCCACUCAAUGAUAACGUGACGUCCUUACUCAAUCAGUCCUCGGAGAAGUUUGUGGCUGAUCUCUGGAAAGAUGUGGACCGCAUUGUGGGGCUGGACCAGAUGGCCAAGAUGACCGAAAGCUCCAUGCCCAGCGCGUCGAAGACCAAGAAGGGGAUGUUCCGGACGGUGGGGCAGCUGUACAAGGAGCAGCUCACGAAGCUCAUGACGACCUUGAGGAACACCAACCCCAACUUUGUCCGGUGCAUCAUCCCCAACCACGAGAAAAGGUCUGGAAAACUGGAUGCCCACCUCGUGCUGGAGCAGCUGAGGUGCAACGGCGUCUUGGAAGGGAUCCGAAUCUGUCGCCAGGGCUUCCCCAACAGAAUCCUCUUCCAGGAAUUUCGCCAACGCUAUGAAAUUCUUGCUGCCAGCGCCAUCCCGAAAGGAUUUAUGGACGGCAAGCAGGCCUGCAUUCUUAUGAUCAAAGCGCUGGAGCUGGAUCCGAACCUGUACAGAAUAGGGCAGAGCAAGAUCUUCUUCAGGACCGGGGUCUUGGCUCACCUGGAGGAGGAGAGGGACCUCAAGAUCACCGACGUCAUCAUUGCUUUCCAGGCGCAAGCGCGGGGUUACCUGGCGAGAAAGGCGUUUGCCAAGAGGCAGCAGCAGCUGACGGCCAUGAAAGUCAUCCAGAGAAACUGCGCCGCGUACCUGAAGCUGCGGAACUGGCAGUGGUGGCGGCUUUUCACCAAAGUGAAGCCGCUGUUACAGGUCACCCGGCAAGAGGAAGAAAUGCAGGCCAAGGACGAGGAGCUCAAGAUGGUGAAGGAGAGGCAGAUAAAAGCAGAGAGCGAGCUCCGGGAACUGGAACAGAAGCAUAGCCAGCUGAUGGAGGAGAAGAACCAGCUCCAGGAACAACUCCAGGCCGAAACGGAGCUCUACGCGGAGGCGGAAGAGUUGAGGAUCCGUCUGGCGGCCAAGAAGCAGGAGCUGGAGGAAAUCCUGCACGAAAUGGAGGCGCGGAUUGAGGAGGAGGAGGAGCGUGGCCAGCAACUCCAGGCUGAGAAGAAGAAGAUGCAGCAACAGAUGCUGGAACUGGAGGACCAGCUGGAGGAAGAGGAGGAGGCCCGCCAGAAGCUGCAGCUGGAAAAGGUCACGGCCGAGGCCAAGAUCAAGAAGAUGGAAGACGACAUCCUGGUGAUGGAGGACCAGAACCAGAAGCUCUCCAAGGAACGGAAGCUCCUCGAGGAGCGGAUCAGCGACUUGACCACCAACCUGGCGGAAGAAGAGGAGAAGGCCAAGAACUUGACCAAGCUGAAGAACAAGCACGAGUCGAUGAUUUCGGAACUGGAGGUGCGCCUGAAGAAGGAGGAGAAGUGCCGGCAGGAGCUGGAGAAGGCGAAGCGCAAGCUGGAAGGGGACGCCAGCGACCUCCACGAGCAGAUCGCCGACCUCCAGGCCCAGAUUGCCGAGCUGAAGAUGCAGCUGGCCAAGAAGGAGGAAGAGCUGCAGGCGGCCUUGGCCAGGGUGGAGGAUGAGAUGGGCCAGAAGAACAAUGCGCUGAAGAAGAUCCGGGAGCUUGAAGCCCACAUCUCCGACCUCCAAGAGGACCUGGAUUCUGAGCGGGCGGCGAGGAACAAAGCCGAGAAGCAGAAACGGGACCUCGGGGAGGAGCUGGAGGCGCUCAAGACGGAGCUCGAGGACACGCUGGACAGCACGGCCACCCAGCAAGAGCUCAGAGCCAAGAGGGAACAGGAAGUCACGGUUUUGAAGAGAGCGCUGGAGGAGGAGACCCGAACCCAUGAAGCUCAGGUCCAGGAGAUGAGACAGAAGCACACCCAGGCUGUGGAAGAACUAGCAGAGCAGCUGGAGCAAUUUAAGAGGGCGAAAGCCAACCUGGAGAAGACCAAGCAGUCUCUGGAAAAGGACAACUCCGACCUGGGCAACGAGGUCCGAUCGCUGAGCCAGGCCAAGCAGGAAGUGGAGCACAAGAAGAAGAAGCUGGAGGUGCAGCUGCAGGAGCUGCAGAGCAAGUUUGCGGAUGGGGAACGCGUCCGGACGGAGCUCAGCGAGAAAGUCAGCAAGCUGCAGGUGGAAGUGGAAAACGUCACCGGGCUGCUGAACGAAGCGGAAAGCAAGGCCAUCAAGCUGACCAAGGAUGUGGCGACGCUGGGCUCUCAGCUGCAGGACACACAGGAGCUUCUUCAGGAGGAGACGCGCCAGAAACUCAACUUGUCGACCAAGCUUCGCCAGGUGGAGGACGAGAAGAACAGCCUGCAGGAGCAGCUGGAGGAAGAGACAGAGGCGAAGCAGAACCUGGAGAGACACAUCUCGACACUGAAUGUGCAGCUCUCCGACUCCAAGAGGAAGCUGCAGGAGUACAUCGGCACCAUCGAAAGCAUGGAGGAAGGGAAGAAGAAGUUCCAGAAGGAGAUCGAAAGCCUGACGCAACAGUUUGAGGAGAAAGCCGCCUCGUACGACAAACUGGAAAAAACCAAGAACCGGCUGCAGCAGGAGCUGGAUGACUUGGUGGUGGAUCUGGACAACCAACGGCAGCUGGUCUCCAACUUGGAGAAGAAGCAGAAGAAGUUCGACCAGAUGUUGGCAGAGGAGAAGAACAUAUCUUCCAAAUAUGCCGAGGAAAGAGAUCGCGCCGAGGCCGAAGCCCGGGAGAAGGAGACCAAGGCCCUCUCACUGGCCCGCGCGCUCGAAGAGGCCUUGGACGCCAAGGAGGAGCUCGAGAGAACCAACAAACUCUUGAAGGCAGAGAUGGAAGACCUCGUGAGCUCCAAGGACGACGUCGGGAAGAACGUUCACGACUUGGAGAAGUCCAAGCGGGCUUUGGAGCAGCAGGUGGAGGAGAUGAAGACACAGCUGGAAGAACUGGAGGACGAGCUCCAGGCGACGGAGGACGCCAAGCUGCGGCUGGAGGUCAACAUGCAGGCCCUGAAGGGUCAGUUCGAGCGAGACCUGCAAGCCCGGGACGAGCAGAACGAGGAGAAGCGGCGGCAGCUGCAGAAGCAGCUCCACGAGAUGGAGGUGGAACUGGAAGACGAGCGCAAGCAGCGAGGGGUGGCCGCGGCCGCCAAGAAGAAGCUGGAGGUGGACCUCAAGGACUUGGAAGGCCAGCUGGAUUCGGCCAACAAAGGCCGGGACGAAGCGAUCAAGCAGCUGCGGAAACUUCAGGCUCAGAUGAAGGACUUCCAGCGGGAGUUGGAUGAUGCCCGAGCUGCCCGGGAGGAAGUCUUUGCCACGGCCCGAGAAAACGAGAAGAAAGCCAAGAAUUUGGAAGCGGAGCUGAUGCAGCUGCAGGAGGACUUGGCGGCUGCGGAACGGGCUCGGAAGCAAGCCGAGCAGGAGAAGGACGACCUGGCUGAAGAGCUGGCCAGCGCCGCUUCCGGGAGGACGAGCCUCCAGGAUGAGAAGCGGCGGUUAGAAGCGAGAAUCUCCCAAAUGGAGGAGGAGCUGGAAGAGGAGCAGAGCAACAUGGAAGCCAUGAGCGAGCGCUUCCGGAAGGCCGUCCAGCAGGCGGAGCAGGCCGGCAACGAGCUGGCGACAGAGCGGGCCGCGGCACAAAAGAACGAGAGCGCCCGCCAGCAGCUGGAGCGGCAGAACAAGGAGCUGAAGUCGAAGCUGCAGGAGAUGGAGGGGGCCGUGAAGUCCAAGUUCAAAGCCACCAUCACCGCCUUGGAAGCCAAGAUUGCCCAGCUAGAAGAACAACUGGAGCAAGAAUCCAGAGAAAAGCAAACGGCAGCCAAGGUGCUCCGGCAGAAAGACAAGAAGCUCAAGGAGGUUCUGCUGCAGGUGGAGGACGAGAGGAAGCAAGCCGAGCAAUACAAAGACCAGGCGGACAAGGUGAACGCCCGGGUGAAGCAGCUGAAGAGGCAGCUGGAAGAGGCCGAAGAGGAGUCGCAGCGCGUCAAUGCCAGUCGCCGGAAGCUGCAGCGGGAGCUGGAGGAGGCCAACGAGAGCAACGCGGCCAUGAGCCGGGAGGUGACCACCCUGAAGAGCAAACUCAGGCGGGGGAACGAGCCAGCCUCUUUUGCCCCCUCCCGCCGAUCUGGGGGCGGUGGGCGGCGCACCAUCGAAAAUGCUGCCGAAGGGUCCGAAGAAGAAGCGGACGCGCGGGACGGAGACUUCAACGGAACCAAAGGCAGCGAAUAAUGUUUUCGAAGGCCACGCUUGCUGAUCUAAACACUGCAGCAAUGAAUGCGAGAAAGGGGGGGCAGCGUUUACUGUUUGGCACUCGCUUUAAUUCCGAAACCACUUUCGCCCACCUUACGGCUUCUGAUCAGAACACAGCUGCCCUUUAUGCCCGUGUAAGCUCUUACUCUCUGAGAUGAAGAAGUGGCCUUUGCUUUAUUGUACUUUACGGAGGAAUGCAACGUUUAUGGUGUGACCAAAGCCCUGGACCCGAUUCAGCAGGAUGCUUUCUGCUUGGCUGGUGGCUCUUCCCCCCGAUCUCGGCUGCCAUUUCAACUCCACCCUGUCGUACCUCCUCACAUCAUCUCUGGAUACCUGCACCCCAAACUCUCCACCGUACACAAGGUUCAAGCGCCUUUCUUAGCCACUUCCGUGUUUCCCAUUUUUUUGCCCUCCCGCCCAAAAAAUAAAGUCAGCUCCUGUUGUGGUUUUAGAGAUAAAUUUUGUGCUUGACAACACACUAAUAAAAAUUGAUUAAAAUCC